CCCGCCGCUCGCCCAAUGGACCGUCUCCGGGCGGGGAGCCCCGUCUACGGGCGCCAGCGCAGCGGCAGCAGCACGGGCUCCACCUCCCCGGGCGGCGUCUCCCCCUCCCACCACCGCUCCUCCUCAACCUCCUCUGCCGCCUCCAUCCCAGGCGCCGGCGCCGGCGCCGGCGUCGGGGGCAUCUCUAACGUCCGCCGCACGCAGAACGUCGCCGCGCGCGCCGCGGCCGCGAGGCUCGCGCAGGUCAUGGCCUCCCAGAGCGCCGCCGCGGCCAACGGGGACGACGAGGACGAGGACGACUACGCCAACGACCACCCGCCCCCGCCCCCGAUCAGGUUCGGCAGCGGAGCCCGCGCCCCGCACGGCAGCAACGGCGUCUCCCUGCUCGGCCGCGCCGCGAGAUCUCCCUCCCCUGCGUUAGGUCGGAACAUUGUAGAGCAACCUCCUCCAGUCCGAUCAGCAUCAACUGGGAGAUUGGCCGUUGCGGCACGACCAACUGCCACUGUGGUGCCACCGAUCAAAACCAACUCGACGCUGCGAACCCCGUCUCCGAUCCCGCCUGUGGCUGUGGAUUCUCCAGUGCAACGCAGUCAGACGAGAAGGUUUGAUACAGCGCCACUUAACAAUAGAGAAUCAGCGCCACGGAGAGAGUCAUCUACGCUUCAAGAUGAGCUUGAUAUGCUACAAGAGGAGAAUGAAAGUGUUCUAGAAAAGUUACGGCGUGCUGAAGAAAAAUGCGAGGAAGCGGAAGCUAGAGCCAAGGAGCUUGAGAAACAGGUAGCCGCUCUUGGAGAUGGGGUAUCCUUAGAAGCUCGUCUCUUGAGCAGGAAGGAGGCGGCACUUAAACAGAGGGAGGCUGCACUAAAGGCUGCAAGGGAAUCAAAUGACGGUAGAAAUGGGGACAUUAAGCAUGAACUUGAGUCUGCGAAGGAGGAGGCUGCAGCGGCUGUGGACCAGCUAAAGGAGGCAGAGUCUGAAACAAAGGCGCUGCGAUCGAUGACUCAGAGAAUGAUCUUAACACAGGAAGAAAUGGAAGAAGUUGUCCUUAAAAGGUGCUGGCUUGCACGGUAUUGGGGCUUAGCGGUUCAAUAUGGAGUUUAUCCCGAGAUUGCGGUAUCAAAGCAUGAACAUUGGUCAUCUUUAGCCCCUCUUCCUCUUGAGGUGGUUCUCUCUGCUGGUCAAAAGGCUAAGGAUGAGCCUAAGCAAGGUGAGGAUGAUGCUCAGAGGAGAAACCGGCUUGUGCGAGAUAUGAGUGAUAUUAUGGGAGAAGGCAACAUAGAGAGCAUGCUUUCAGUUGAAAUGGGACUGAGAGAGCUUUCAUCUUUAAAGGUAGAAGAUGCUGUUGUAGUUGCACUGGGUCAACACCGAAGACCUAGCAUAGUUCGGCAAUUCACAUCAGAUUAUAAAUCACCUGGCGAACCAAAAUUCUUGGAGGCAUUCGACCUUAGCCCGGAAGAGGCAGAGGAUGUUAGCUUCAAGCACGCGUGGCUUAUAUACUUCUGGAGACGAGCGAAAACUCAUGGUAUUGAGGAAGAUAUUGCUGAUGAGAGACUUCAGUUUUGGAUUGGUCGCAAUGCACAUGCUCCAAAUUCUCAUGAUGCUAUUGAUGUGGAGCGAGGUCUGACAGAGCUGCGAAAAUUGGGUGUAGAGCAGCAAUUGUGGGAGGGCACGCGUGCAGACAUUGAUGAAGCUGCUUCGGCAGCCGAGAACGAAUAGGGGAUGC